AUGCCGCCGGUCGUGGCGGGCCGUUCGCUCGAACGCGUCAGCGGGAGGACGGAUCGCAGGCAGCCGGACGCUCCUUCCUGCUCCCGCUCUCCUGGCGUUCAGAACGGAAGGGGGAACUCAAAGCACCGGGCAGCAGCUACGGGGCAGGACAUGCCGGUGGUGCAGCUCGUCCCGGGGCACUACCCCGCCCGCAGAGCAGCCCAGGUGGCUCAGCACUACCUCAACACCCAGCACGGCUCCCCCUACAGGUGGCUGCAGGUGGAGAGGGUCCUGAGCGCCACUUCAGAGGAAGUGGCUGAUAAAGGAAUGAAGUACAGUGUGACGUUCAGCGUGAAGGACGGGGUGUCUGAAAAGUCUGCAGGCAUGUGCUCUGCAGAGGUGAUGUUCCCAGCCAAUGAGGUGCAGUCCCUGCCCCUACAGGCCCCGCCCUCACAGGCCCCACCCCAGGUACACUGCUCCUGUGAGGACCUGCUCAAGACCAACACCACCGUGGAAGAGGGUGCUCUCUACCAGCAUCUGAAGAGCAACGCCAGUGUCCUGGUGGAUGCUCAAUAUAUACCAGACAGCUUUGGCUACAUUGCUCCAGAGAUGAGGCCCAUUUGGCACCUGGGGGGCGCGGCCUCCAGCUUUGUGAUGCUGAAAGAGUCCAACGAGAACACCCUGUACAACCUGGCCCAGCUGGCCAACGUCACACAGCUGGAAAGCCAGAACGACACACUGCUGUUCCAGUUCCACGUCCUGCUCCAUGAAAUGGUGUCUCAGGAGAUCAUCUCCUGGAAGCUGCAGGCCUCCUGGUGUCCAACAGAGGGAGUCAGAGUGCUCAGUGCCGAAUGGCAGCCUAAAUGCCACCACUGUGUAGUGCCUCCAACCAACACCACCCUCGCCACAACACCACCAUCCUAACACCACCCUCGCCACAACACCACCAUCCUAACACCACCCACACCCCAACACCACCAUCCUAACACCCUCACCACAACACCACCAUCCUAACACCACCCACACCCCAACACCACCAUCCUAACACCUUCACCACAACACCACCAUCCUAACACCACCCUCACCCCAACACCACCAUCCUAACACCCCCCACACCCCAACACCACUAUCCUAACACCGGCCACACCCCAACACCACCAUCCUAACACCGCCCACACCCCAACACCACCAUCCUAACACCCUCACCCCAACACCACCAUCCUAACACCACCCACACCCCAACACCACCAUCCUAACACCCAUACUCUAACACCUCCAUCCAAACACCCCUACCCCAACACCACCAUCCUAACACCGCCCACACCCCAACACCACCAUCCUAACACCGCCCACACCCCAACACCACCAUCCUAACACCACCCUCACCCCAACACCACUAUCCUAACACCGCCCACACCCCAACACCACCAUCCUAACACCCAUACUCUAACACCUCCAUCCAAACACCCCUACCCCAACACCACCCCCAACCCAACAGCAACAUUCUAAUACCAUCCCAAAAACAUAAUCGUAACACCAAAAGCUUAACACCACCACCCAUGCCCAACAUCACCAUCCAAACAGAACCCCAACACCACCACCCCAACACCACCCAUGCCCCAACACCACAAACUGAACACCACCCGCACCCCAACACCAACAUCCUAACACCACCCCCACCCCAACACCAACAUCAUAACACCACUCCCACCCCAACAGCACCACCCCCAAACCAACAGCACCACCCCAACACCACCCAGUUUAACAGCAUUCCUGCAUGGCUACAAUUUCACCUUAUCAUAACAUAGUACAGUCACAUGUGACCUAAAGCCUGUACAUCGACUAUGUAUAAAAAACUACUCUGAAGGACCAUAACCAUCCAAUAAACACCAGCACUGUGUAUGAAAA